AUGCAAGACAAGAGCAUCCUGCUGGAGAACCCCGUGAAGGCCAAGUCAAAGGGUGGAGGCACUCGGCAGACAGCCAAGUGCGCCAGGCGCCAGGGUGGGACGCUGAGCGCUGCCGCCCUGACCACCGUCACGUACUUGGGCCUCCUCCCCGUGCACGCGCUGUGGCGGGCGUAUGCGGAGAGGCUGGCUGCGCGCGACCCCGGCGUCACCCUCCAGGCUUAUCGCGACCGGCUCCUGGGCGCCGAGGUGUCGGAGGCUUGGUGUGGAGGCACUCGGCAGACAGCCAAGUGCGCCAGGCGCCAGGGUGGGACGCUGAGCGCUGCCGCCCUGGCCACCGUCACGUACUUGGGCCUCCUCCCCGUGCACGCGCUGUGGCGGGCGUAUGCGGAGAGGCUGGCUGCGCGCGACCCCGGCGUCACCCUCCAGGCUUAUCGCGACCGGCUCCUGGGCGCCGAGGUCCACGGCGCUCUGGUCAGGGUGAAGGCCUGCGCCACGCGCCCCGACGCCGCUGGGCUGACGGGCAUUGUGGCGCUCAGCCGGCCGCAUUCGCUGGUGCUGGUCACGCCGGGCGACCGCCGGAUCCGCAUCCCCCGCCAGAACUCCACGCUGGAGCUGCUCAUGGGCACGCGGCUCGUGGCCCUGGAGUACGGCGAGGAUGUGGGGCAGGGCUGA